AUGCAUUCACCUUGUCUAAGAGAGGCUUCACAAGCCUGCUUUCAUGGUUGUUGUCCAGCUAUUAAUUUUCUAGACUCCAAUUCUCUAAAGUCUGCAGGUUCUACGGCUUCUCAAUAUGAGUUUCUUGUUGCUUUAGCUUCUUCUCUCUAUCCGCACAUCAGAUUCACCAACCAUGAAUCCCUCCCUUCACUACAAGAAUCAUUUUCUAAUUUCAGAAGAGCCUUUCCGCGGUAUUGCCAGACCGAUGAGACUGACAGAAUUCGAGCCCAAGAGUAUUACCAUCUCUCCUUGUCCAAACAUGUCUGUCUUGACUACAUUGGCCAUGGUUUGUUCUCCUACUCCCAAUUACAAAGUCAUGGUAAUUCAGCUCAUAUUGCCUCCUCAUCAAUUUCUCCCCCAUCAUUGCAUUCCAUUACAUUACAAUCACCUUUCUUUGAUAUAUCCUACAAGUCUGUGAACCUGAAUGCUCAAGUAAAGUAUGGUGGCCACGAAACAGAACUAGAAUCCAAGAUCCAAAAAAGGAUUAUGGCUUUUAUGAAUAUCUCCAGAGAUGAUUACUCCAUGGUUUUCACUGCCAACCAUUCAUCUGCUUUUAAACUUUUGGCUGAUUUUUAUCCUUUUGAAUCUAAUAGUAAUCUUCUGACUGUCUAUGACUAUGAGAAUGAUGCAGUGGAAGAGAUGGUCAAAAGCUCCAAGAAGAGAGGAGUGCGAGUUAUGUCAGCUGAGUUCUCAUGGCCUAAUCUGGGAAUCCAAUCAGAAAAGCUAAGAAGGAAACUAGAGAGUAAGACGAAGAAAAGGAAGAAAGGGCUCUUUGUUUUCCCACUUCAGUCGAGGAUGACCGGAGCCCGGUACUCCUAUCAGUGGCUGAGCAUGGCUCAAGAGAAGGGAUGGCAUGUCUUGCUUGAUGCAAGUGCAUUGGGACCUAAGGACAUGGACACUUUGGGACUCUCUCUUUUUCAGCCUGACUUUCUCAUUUGCUCGUUUUAUAAGGUUUUUGGUGAUAAUCCAUGUGGGCAUGGGUGUCUGUUUGUCAAGAAAUCAAGUUCUUCAGUUUUAAUGGAUUCAACUGUUGCUACCAGUGUAGGACUUGCCACUCUUCUUCCAGUCUCAAAGCCAUCUCAAUAUCCUGAGGAGUCGGUCACUUCUGAAAAAUUAGAUUUGGAUAAGGACACCAUGUUUCAACCUGAAGUGCCUGAAAGUGACGAGAGAAAUGCAAAAAAGAAGGCAGUUACUUCAUCAGAAAUUGAGGAAUUAGAUGAUACACCCUUCGCAUCUGUCCAGUCCAAGACCAUCGAAACUACCACUGGUGAGAAUACAGAACUAGAAUGCAGGGGAUUGGAUCAUGCAGAUUCACUGGGGCUGAUACUUAUCAGUAGCAGAGCAAGGUACCUGAUAAACUGGUUGAUAAAUGCGUUGAUGAAUCUUCAGCACCCAAAUUCAGAGAAUGGACUCAUUCCAGUCAGGAUAUAUGGACCAAAGGUAAAGUUUGACAGAGGACCAUCCCUAGCAUUCAACAUAUAUGAUUGGAAAGGAGAAAAAAUUGAUCCUGCACUUGUGCAGAAACUUGCUGAUCGAAACAACAUUUCUUUAAGCUGUGGGUUUCUAUGCCAUAUCUGGUUCUCAGACAAAUAUCUAGAAGAGAAAGAGCAGAUUUUUGAAGAAAAAACAACUGAAAGUGCCAAAGCAGUUCCAUACAAGAAAAGAAACAAAUCCUGCUCCGGGAUAUCUGUAGUCACAGUUGCACUGGGAUUGUUAACAAAUUUUGAAGACACUUACAGGCUUUGGGAAUUUGUUUCCAGAUUUUUGGAUGCAGACUUUGUAGAAAAAGAGAGAUGGAGAUACACGGCUCUUAAUCAGAAGACAAUUGAAGUUUAAACUAAACCUAUUCUUUCAUUCAUUCACAUUUUGAGAAUUUGAGUACCCAUAUGCUUUUAGCAUCAUUAUAUCCUGCUAGCACAUUAACACAUAAUCAAGUGUAGCACUGACAGUCAAAAUAUCAGAUUCUUUUCACUGGAUAUUCAGUUACUUACAGUUCUUCAUUUUUGUUUUGCUCAAGGAGCUUGUAUCAUUUUAUUUCCUCCCUAGAUUGGCAAGAAAUUUAGCUUAGUCAUCUGAAAUUAAUGAGUUACUAGCACUUUCAUUCUUAGGCAAACAAAAAGAUAAUAAAAAUAUAUAACUCCACUACAAUUAACAAUGAAUUUAGAAGCAAUUAUAUUAGAUUACUUAAAACGAUCACUAUAUAGUAGAACAAUCAUACAUGAAACAGUUGUGCAGAGUGAAAUGCAAGAAUUCUUUGCGGUGCCCCUCUGUACAAAAAUUGAAAUUAUAUAACUGACCCUUAUUUAUCUAUUUACUUGCCAGCCAGUGCUAUCUAACUAUUCAACAUAUGGCUUCCUCCCUUCACAUCAUAAGAAUCGAAUUCUCGUGAAUACGAGGAUCAAAGCCUUAAGGUGAUCACAGUAACCAAGAAAAGAUGGCACCACAGCAUAUCAGAUUUUAUGCAGGAAAAAAACUACAUGCAGAAACAUGUGAAGAAAGUGGGAUCUGGUUGACAAGGGCUUGAAUGAUUCCCGUUGGAACUGUGCUCGCUUUAGUAAGCCUAUUUGAAUGGUGAAUGAACACUGAAAAGCAAUCAAUCAGCCCCUAGUUGGGAUGGUAAUAAUCUCCUAAGCCAAGGGCCAUGGUCAUGGGUUUGAAUCUCUCCAACAAUUUCAAUAAUUUUUCAAUAUUCCCUUUCUUUUUAGCUCACUCUACAAGAACAAUGCCAUACCUGUCUUACCAAUGCAAUCUGGCUUCUUAUCAAUGCUGUCCAUAAUUUCUCAAAAGAAGAAUGUAUUCUUUCAUAAGUCUGUCUUUUCUUAUCUUGCCUAUGAACUAUCACACCACCCAUCAAUUCAUAAAAAUUAAGGUAGUUCAAUGGCUAAAAUAAUUUGCAGUGUACAAGAUAAGUUAAAUUCUUCCCCACAAACUCUCUUAAGAAACCAAAUAAGGAGCUCAUAAUUGGAAGUGUACCUAAUUUACAGCCAAUGACAUCAGUGCUCUGUGCUCCCUUAAAGACCUUGACUCAAAACACAGUCUCCCCAUGAACUU